GAGAUGCCACAUGCUUCCAGCAAAGAUGGUUUUAUACGAGUCUUCUAACGCGAAGUGUUUCAAAUGGAAAUCUCUUGUUGAAUCCAGCAUAAGUGAUGCAUCCAUGGGAAGAGGAAACUUUCUUCACAAUACUUACGAGCGGGUUUCUCACUUUGAAGAGGUGGCUGAGUUUAUAUCGCGCCAAGUAUUGGAGAUCAAAUGUGACAUUGAAACCCAAAAGUUAUCGUCGGAUACAGAUUAUGCAUGUCAUCUCGUAUUCAAGCUAUCACAAAAAUGUCAUGGGUUGCAAUGUCCGGUGAAAGUGCAGGAUCUACUCCAUAGGAAAAACAAAGAGUUUCAAUAUAUUUAUUUUAGAUCUCCAAGAUUUGUAUAUUUACAAGGGAAUGGAAGGGUUCCGAAGUACAGAGCAGACGGAUUAAUGGAAGUUAUUGUGUGGGAAUUCAACUCAGGCAACAAUGAUCAUGUUCCCAUGAGUUUGAAAUUGAGAUGUUACGAAGGAAAUAUGUCCGGUCUUAUUGUAUAUGGCAUCGAAUUUCGACCCACAUGAGGUUUAUACAAAAAACAAACUUUGACCA